CCGUGCUGAAUUGAAGUACCACUAGUAUAGUUAAAUAUUAUUAGACAAGUAAAAAAUAUUUAACUGUUUAAAGACUUAUUUUCUUGAACUUACUUUUAAUUCUAAGUCCAGUAAAUUAAAUCAAAUAGUUAAUUUUUUUUUUUUUUAUGUGUUGAUUUUUAUGAAAAAUUGCAAUUUUACAGAUUUUUUAUAAGCACAUAUGCUGCUCCUUGUAUAGGUUCGUAUGUACACAACAUGAGGAAAAAAAGGCUAAAAUUGAAGCAGGAAAAGUCGAUAUGUAUGUGUAUAUUGAUCACAGUCGGACAAAACCGAGUAGAAUCAGUGUAACGGCAUUUAUAACGGCUCUCUCAUAUGUAUAUUAUUUUUUUAUCAAAGAACUAAAUUGCAUAAUGCCUUGAAAUUUUCUGUGAAUUUACUCUAGACUAUGAGAAAUGUACUCGCAAAAUUUCAAAUUUCAGUGUUGCUUAGUUUUCUGCCUAAAAGCACAAGAGAGAAUUACGCAAUGUGAGAUGCAGUUGGGCUAAUUCCAUCCAAUUUAUUCAUCUCACAAAAGAUUACUCAUGUGUUCUAUGAGUAUAAUAACAUAAGAAUCAAUCUUACUUAUUGGAAUCCUCAGCAACGAAGUACCGAUGGUGCAUUGCUUUUCCAAAUUGACUUUCUUUCUAAGUUUACAACAUUUAGCAUUUUCUCAUGAGCACAGAUAUUAUUCCAAAGUUUGAAACAUUACUGUUAAUCAAUUUAUUGAAGUGACAUUUAAAAGAAGAUGAAAUUUAGAGAGUGCAUCAAGUUAUGGCCCUGUUGAAUUCAAUAACUGAUCGUCGUCAUGGUGAUAUGGGUCAUGUUGAUGAAGUAAGUAACCACAGAAUCACCCAUCUGUUAAAUGAGGCAUGGUUCCAAUAUACUACCCUCAUGGACCUCUGAUGCAAUUUUUGUUUAUGUAGCUCUUUCACAUUGAUUUCAAUGAAAUUAAAUAGACUGUUUCAGUGCAUUUCUUUUUGAAACAUGUGGCAACAUCUUUACAGAGCGUAUGUACUUUUUACCAAAUAACUUGAAUCAAUGAAACUGAAAAAACUCAACCUUCGUUACUAUCCUCCAGGAUUAGCUCUCGAGUAUUUGCAAAGUGGUGUGCACAAAACCAAAAUGAUUGAUCUCCUCGACUUAACAGUGCGGACAAAUCUGGAGGAACUGGCAAGCAAUAUAAUGCUGAAAGAGCCUCUCAUCUCUCCAAACCUCACCGAAAUUCUCAUCAAAGCCUUAUCUAAACUACAACAAAGACUUUGUGACGCAACAAAAAAAACCUUUGUUAAACACCAAACCAUCAAAGCUCAUCUAUUACCUCUUACCAAUGUUUGUUUUGACAAGGAAGGUGGAAGGUGUCUGACUGGAAGUUAUGACCGACUCUGCAAAGUGUGGAAUGUUGAUGAUGGGCAAGUAAUCACUACGUUGGAAGGACAUCAAAAUGUAGUCUAUUCUGUAGCAUUCAAUAAUCCUCUCAGUGAUCGAGCUCUAACAGGGUCUUUUGAUAAGACAGCCAAAUUAUGGAACGUAUUUACUGGCGACUGUCUAGUCACUUUUUGGGGACAUACAGCGGAGGUUGUGGGUGCACAAUUCAACCCUUCAAAAGAAACAGUAGCAACAAUAUCUAUGGAUUCAACAGCAAGAGUAUUUGAUGUUAUCACCGGUCAGGAAUUGGCAACUCUGCUCGGACAUGAUGGUGAAGUCGUUGCUUUGGACUUUUCCAGUAGUGGCUCACACCUCAUAACUGGCUCCUUUGAUAGCAAAAUUCUUCUAUGGGAUACUCGAACUAAAAAGUGCGUAGGAGCCUUCAAAGGCCACUCCGAAGAAAUUAGCAAUUGUCUUUUCAGCUUCAAUGCAGCUCUGAUUGCAAGUAGCUCAAUGGAUAAAACUGUUAAACUCUGGGAUGUACGGAUGAUGAAUUGCGUUCAUACAAUCAACACCCACUCAGACGAGGUUCUGGAUAUUGCUUUCAAUGCCAAAGGCACUCACUUAGCUACAGCUAGCAGCGAUGCAUCGGCUCGGAUCUUUAAUAUGACCAACGGAGAUUUUGUAGAGGAGGCUGUCUUCAGUGGUCACUCGGGAGAGGUGUCAAAAGUUUGCUUUCAUCCAGCCGGUAGUCUAGUCCUAACAGCAUCUCAAGAUACCACUUGCCGUCUUUGGGACACAGCAACAAAUGACUGUCUUCAAAUUCUGGACGGUCACUCAGAUGAAGUCUUCUCAUGUGCCUUUUCUUACUACGGAGAUUCAGUAGUCACAGCGUCCAAAGAUAAUUCGCUGAUUAUCUGGAGAUGAAAGUCA